CCCAGAAGCGUUGGCGGCUCUGUUAUCUGGGCCAGCUUAGAGGCGCAGUUUCUGGCUCUCCUCCUUCUCCAGCGAUUUCAGAGGCGGCCAAGCGGAAAACAAACUCCUGAUUAGAAAAGGAGGAGGAGGAGGAAAGUCCCCACUCAGGGUGAUAGUGGGGAGGAAGUGUUUUGCUUGGAGUAAUCCUUAGCAAUAUCCUUGGGUUUUUCUUCAAUCGGGGUAAAUCCUGCCCUGUUUCCACCGCCAGCACUUUAUUAUUAUUGGGGUUUUUUGUUUUUUUUUGCAAGCUUCCUAUCUAUUAAGCUGCGUCCCCGGUGCUAAAGUUUCAGAGAGCCAUGGGGAAUGGGAUGAACAAGAUACUUCCUGGCUUGUUCCUUGGAAAUUUUAAAGAUGCCCGUGACACGGAACAACUGAAACGAAAUAACAUCACUCACAUUCUUUCCAUCCACGAUACUGCUCGGGCCAUGCUUGAGGGAGUGAAAUAUCUGUGCAUCCCUGCUGCAGAUUCACCCUCGCAGAAUUUGACCAGACACUUCAAAGAAAGCAUUGUAUUUAUACAUGAGUGCCGUCUUAAGGGUGAGGGCUGUCUUGUUCACUGCCUUGCUGGAGUUUCCAGGAGUGCAACCUUGGUUGUGGCCUAUAUAAUGACGAUCACUGACUUUGGCUGGGAGGAUGCACUUUCCGUGGUACGAGCUUCAAGGUCGUGUGCCAAUCCAAAUGCGGGUUUCCUGCGCCAGCUAGAAGAGUUUGAGAAAAAUGAUGUUGCUGAUUUCAGAGAAUGGCUUACAGCAGAGUAUGGAGAAAGCUCUUUGCAGGACAAAGAAGAAGCCCGAAAUCUUCUAGAGAAGUACAAAGCACACGCAGCAUCAGCAGCCGCUCAGUCGAAUACUCAGUCGAGGCAGUGGAAUGGUAACUUUGCCCCAGUGAUCUUUGUCCAUGACUACUCCCGACUAGGAGCAGUCAGUACAGAUUUCCAUCAACGAAAGCCAGAAAAUGUAAUGUUCCUGUGGAUGUGUUUGAUGUCUUGGUAAACCUUGGUUUAUCUUGAUCGAUAGAGCCUAGGUGACAUUGCACACUUUUUUCUCUCUAGUUCUUGUGAGUCUGGAAGUUUUGAGUUAACCACAGAUUAUUGUUGCAUUCAGACCCUAAACUGUGGUUAUUCUUAACUGUGGUUUGUUUGACAUAGGACCAACUUCAUAAUCCAUGUUAUGAUUUACUCAUUUCAAACAAAACCACAGUUAACAUUAACCAUAGCCAAUUUAAAGAACAACAAACUGUAGUUUAUUACAGAAGAGAAAGCUUCCUAACACCAGGCUACAAAGUUCACUGCCAUAAAUAAGCGAUAGUUUAUUGUACAAUCAACAUACAACCAACAGGGCAUGUUACUUUGUUAGUCCUCCUGCACAUAUGCAAAAAGAUCGCCCUGAGUCCCUUUGGGGAAGUUUUUUUAUUAUUAUUAUUCUCUUCCAGUGGCCAUGAAAACAGCAAGUCGUAUUCUGACUAUUGAGAUAUCAAAUUAAUUUCUUCACAUAUCUAUUCUUCAGGUUUUUCACAUAGCCAGAAUUUGGCGUUGUUGCACUUUUCAUAGUUUCAGAUUACUAUUAAUAUUUUUGUGCCCUAAAGUAAAGAAACGUGAACUUCAGAAUAAACUUUACCCUCACCUGGUUUAAUUGUGGCUGAAGAGGCAAGGUGUUGUGCAAUGUAAAAAGCAACUUGUCUCUUCAAAAGCAGAGAAUAGUAAUGACCAAAUCAGGAAGUAGAGAACUAGCUGUCUGUAUGGUUUUCUCUCCAUUGUGUUUCCUUUACACUUCAUUUUAAAAUUCUCUUUGACUGUAUGACUACUGAAAUUGUAUAUUUUGUUCAAGAGUACAGUGUAAGCAUAGCCAGCAUUUAUUGUGCUAGCUCGCAUCUCAGAGGAUUUGUUCACCUAGAAAAUGUUCAUGGGUGAAGAAUGGACACAACUGAAUGUAUAUUGCAGAUGUAUAUAUAUAAAGACUAAAAAUAGAUUUAUAAUGGCAGAUCUGCUAUAAUAAUGUUAUAUUAUUAUUAUAACCACCCUGAGUCUCUCUGGGGAAAGAGGGUGGAUUAUAAAUAAAAAUUUAUUAUUAUUAUUAUAUUACUACUGAAGGAAAGAUUGCUUAUAUGUAAGUCAACUUCAUCAAGUUUCACCAAUGAUUGCCUUCCCUGAUGGAGUAUAUUCAAUAAAAGAUUCAGGUCUUUUUUAAUGAAUAAAACAUUCCAAUGUUAUGCCA